AGUGAAGCAUUAUAGUAGUUGUGAAUACCUAAACCCCCAAAUCCUUAAACCCUAAACGCUGAAAUGGCUCGAUUAAUCCGAAUUGCUCAAACUAGGCUUCGGAAUUGUAGUUCAUGUUCACCCAAAACCCUAAUCAACAGGCAUCCAAAUCCUCCUCUGCUGCGAUGGCACAGCAUGCCCUACACUUCUGAGGCACUUCCCACAUCGCCCUUGACUUCCAACAUCCUUAGAAUCCUCCGCACAGAGAUCGAGUACCAGUCCGACUCUGCUCCUCCUCAUCAGCCUCCAACAAAGUUCAAUUCUUUUGCGGUGGAAGAUCGGCCCGGCGAGCAGUGGAUUACAAUGAGAGGCAAAUUUGGAGAUAGUGAAGACAUCAAGAUUGAAGUUACUAUGUUUGAUGGGUAUGAAUCGGUUCCCAAGACCGGAGAUGAGAGCUCCGGGGAAGAUUUGCGUCUUCACAUUAGUGUGCUUGUUGAUAUUUCCAAGGGUGAUGGCUCCAAUGAUCUCGAGUUCCUUUGCUCUGCCUGGCCGGACAGUUUGGAGAUUCAGAAAGUUUAUGUUCUUCACCGUGGUAGAAUGCCGGCUAAGCCUUAUUUGGGACCUGAUUUCAGGGAUGUGAAUGAGGAGAUUCAAAAGAAGCUUCGUGGUUAUUUAGAAGCAAGAGGAGUAAAUGAUGAGCUUUCUUUGUUCUUGCAUCAGUAUAUGAUGAACAAGGAUAGAAUAGAACUCAUCCGAUGGUUGGGGAAUCUCAAGUUGGCUGUGGAGAAAUAGAAUGCUACACUUGUAAGACCUCAAGUUACACUUGAUGGGAUCAUUUGUUCUCCUUCUGAUGGUAUUGAUAGUGGAAUUAGGUUCCGCACACGAUUGACUAUCUGUGUAUGCUGUAGUUGAAAGCAUUACUUGAAAAGUGUCAAGGUAUGUAAGAAUGUA